AUGAUUAUGACAGGAUGUUCUUUGAGUUUUUUUGAGCAUCUACAUUAUUUCUAUGACAUAUUUGUCCCCGCCAUUUGUUAUAUGUGUUGUAAGCCGGUGUUUCCAUUAAAUUGCAAAAUUCUAAUAUCUAUAGUUGCUGAGAGGACAUUUUAAACAAAUACGAUAUGGCUGAUAGCGAAGACUUGGGUUUAGGACCCGAAGAUCAGUUGGACAAUUUAGAUGAUGCUAAUGGUAUUACUGAUGAAUCAAUAUUGAAUGAUACCGAAGUUGAUGGAGCUACCGGAGACGAUCCAGAAAUGGAAGCAAUUAAAGCAAGGGUUCGAGAAAUGGAGGAAGAAGCAGAAAAAUUGAAGCAAUUACAAAGUGAAGUUGAUAAACAAAUGAAUAUGGGAAGCCCCCCAGGGAUGACUAGUCCACUAAAUAUGUCGAUAGAGGAAAAAAUGGAGGUUGAUAAUCGCAGCAUUUAUAUAGGAAAUGUUGAUUAUGGAGCUACAGCAGAUGAGUUAGAACAACAUUUUCAUGGCUGUGGUUCAAUGAAUCGUAUCACAAUACAACGCAACAAAUAUGAUGGACAUCCUAAAGGGUUUGCUUAUAUUGAAUUCGUAGAUAGAGAUUCUGUACAAACUGCUAUGGCUUUGGAUGAAUCUCUAUUUAGAGGAAGACCAAUUAAAGUUAUGCCCAAGAGGACUAACAGACCUGGUAUUUCAACCACAAAUAGGCCACCAAGGGGACGAAGCUCUUUCAGAGGUUCUAGAGGUAUAGGUAGGGGUUUCUACUCAGGAUUCAGACCUUUAAGAAGGCCAAGGAGUUACAGGCGAGGAGCAUCAGCUUAUUAUGGACCAUACUAAGCCAGUCAUGUAUGUAAAGCAAACUUCAUCUUUAAAUCCUUUUUCCACUUAACCACCUUCCCUUAGAAUACACUCAAGUCAAUUUUUUGGAUCAGAAAAAAGAUGGAAAAAAAUGAAGUCAAAAAAAGAAGUUCGAAGAGACUCAUCAAAGAAAAAAGGAAAAAUUUUCGUUUUGCAAAUCAUUAAUCUCUGAAAAUAGACUAGGCUAACUGAAAAAAAGGUGUGAUAGUGAAAGUAAGAAUGUGUGGUUGCAAUUUUAUUUCAUAUCUGUGGUAUGAAACUGAUCAGGGAUGCGUGUUUGUUUCUUGUAAAGAUUUCCUUAUGCUCAGUUUGGAUUUUUCAUUUUAGAAUUAUUUAAUUUUGUUACAAGAUUUGCAGGUAUCAACUGUUUCGAUGGAUCCCCAUUUUUUAUUUUUAUUGAAAAGAUUCCUUGACUGUAUAAAAUGAUUUAUGUAUGACGAAUAAACUUAAUGAGUCUUCACAA